GUCAGCUUACUUACUAUAGACUCGCGCCAUGGCGCGGCAAAUGGGAGGCAUAACUUGUUACAUCGUCGGGCUGUCAAUACUCGAAUAGUACUUCUCGCCGUACGCAGAUGGAGAACCGCAUUUUCACGACCAGUGAAUGGCACAGUCUUAUCGAAAGAUUAAGGGAAACGCCGUGGUUGCAUACAAUACGUGGCACAGUUGCCAGCCCCUGGUUGUAGCACUCUUAUAAUCCCAUUGUCCAUUUCCACACAAGCCAUGCAAGUCAUGCCUGACUUUGGAGUUCGCACCUACCUUGGUCACCCAGUAACAGCAACGACAAUAACGCGCCUGCCUCUCUGGAGCCUUAGCGAGGUCUCGUAAACUCUCACUCCUGCACUCCUCUCGCGCUCUCUUUCACUCACCACAUUUCAUUUCCACACUUGCGUUACCAAAGCAUGACCAUGUCUCCUACACCGAGGGACGAGGCCGUACCGGAUACUUCAAGUGUCGAGAAGGCGUCGACAAACACUUCCGCCCCCAAUGAAGCUGAGCCGGUGGCAGCGACUGAUGAGUCGAAGUACAUCACAGGUCUGAAGCUCUACCUGAUCAAUGCUGGUCUCACAAUUUCGAUCUUCCUCGUGACUCUCGAAUCGACUGUCAUCAGCACGGCCAUCGUGGACAUCACUGACGAACUGGGUGGCUAUGAAAAGAGCUCAUGGCUUUUCACGGCAUACAUGUUGACCUACUGCAGUCUUCAGAUGAUCUGGGCAAAACUGUCGGACAUCGCAGGACGGAAAUACACCCUCAUCGCUUCGCUACUCAUCUUCACUAUCUUCUCGGCGCUUUGUGGAGCUAGUCAGACACUCAUCCAGCUCAUCAUGUUCCGAUGGUGUCAGGGUAUCGGCGGCUGUGGUGUAUACGCGCUCACUCAACUCAUGUUCAUGGAAAUUGCUCCGCCGGGAAAGUUGCCAAAGUACAUGGCGGGUGUUAGUAUGGUACUUGCGCUCAGCCUAAUUACAGGGCCGCUUCUUGGAGGCGGUAUCACCCUACACGGUAGCUGGCGGUGGAUCUUCCUUCUCAACGUUCCUGUGGGAGUUCUCACUGCUGUAUCACUUUGCUUCACGCUUCCUAGAACCCUCUUCAACGAGCCAGCUGCGCAACAAACACACCCCAUCUUCUCGAAGCACUCCCUCCGUCGACUUGACUUCCUAGGAGCGACGUUGAUGCUAGGUACUCUCGUACUACUCGCUACAGGCCUUCAACAAGCAUCGCUAGACUAUGAGUGGUCUUCCAACAAAGUCCUUCCCCUUCUCGUCGUCUCCGCGCCUUUUGCGAUUGCGUUCUUCACAUGGCAAUGGUACGCAACGCAGCGUCGCACUAACCCCGAGCCCGUCUUUCCCUGGCGCUUCUGUCAGAGCCGCAUUCAGCUUGGCAUGAUCAUAAAUACCUACCUCUCCGGCACGGUCAUGUUCGUAUGCAUUGCGCAAAUCCCCCAACGCUUUAUCACGGUAAACGGCCUCUCUCCCCUCGCAGCCGCCGCCCGCCUCCUCACUUACGGCGCUUUCGUCCCAUUCGGUAGUGGUAUCGCUGGUGCGAUGAUGGGCAAGCCUAGGAUACCGCCAUGCUGGAUUAUUCUCGGGGGUUCCCUGAUGGAGAUUCUCGGUAUUGCGUUGCUGUCGCAGAUCGAUACUUCGUCGCACAUUGACGCUAGUCAGUAUGCGUUCCAGAUCAUCGCAGGUACGGGGACUGGUCUUGUCAACUCGGGGCUUAUCCUGCUUGUGCCGUAUGCGAUGGAUAAGAGGGAUUUGGCCGUUGGCUCAGCAGCUACAUCGCAGUUCCGCACCCUGGGCGGUCUAGUCGGCAUCGCUAUCGUUACAUCUAUCUCCACGCCCUAUAUCCGGACCCAUCUGACCGACAUCCUACCCUUGGAGCUUGCAGAGAGCCUGCUAGAAAGGACGGAGUUGGUGCAGACUCUUUCACCGGAAACGCUGGAGCAUGUGAGGAGGGUGUUUGGUGAAGCGUAUAAUCUGCAGGUCAAGGUUCUCAUUGGGUUUGCGGUCGCCAAAGUGCCGGUCACGGGUAUGAUGUGGACGAACUUGAGGGUGGAGAGUAAGUGAGCGGGCGAAGAUCGGCGCAGAGGUUGAGCGAUAAUGAUUACAUUUGACGAACACAUCAAAGUGUACUUUGCUGUAUCCUAAUGUCUUAUAUGGCCCCUGAGGUACUCAGUAGCUUCGGAUAGACAGGCCAUUGUGGCCAUGACAUCAUAUCCAUCCUCUACGUGGCUGUUCCCGCCGGAG